AUGUCGCAAGAAAUGAAUAUUUUAUGUUGUUCUUCGUGUAGAACGUAUCAGGUGCACAUAGUUAAAAAAGCGAAGAAAUGGCAGUGCAAAAUAUGUAAUUUCAAGCAGAUAUUCAAACAGGUGUAUUUUAAAGGCUCAGGAAAAGAUUGUAGGCUUUAUGUUCAAAAAUUAAAUCUUACAAAAGAGCAUAAACUUGAGGAAAAUGCAUCCUUUCAAGGAUCUAAUGACAUGAGUAAUGCUUGCUUUAAUGAUUAUUCUGAGCAACCAAAGUUAGAAUUAACUGAAAACAAGUGGGCAAAGUAUUUAGACAAACCAGAUGAGAUUAAGUUUAAGAAUUGUGCAAUUUCAAAUAGUCAGGGUACUAGUUAUAAGAGAAGUGAUGAUUCAUUGUACCUUGAUAAUGACAAUGUAUCAUGCUCGGACAAUGAGCAUACAAAUGUGAAUAGUGAUAUUUCUUAUGAAAAUGACUUUAAGCAAGAUUUUGAUUAUGAUACUGAAGAAGAAGACAACAAUGUCACAACAGAGGGAAAGGUAGAUAAUGUAUCCUAUAAUAAUGAUAAUAGCAAGGACAGUGAUUUUCAUAGUAAAAGUGUUAUGGAAACCAAGUUCUCAAAAAACAUUUUUGACGACAAUGAGGAUCUUGAUCUUACUGUUAAUUUUUAA